CGGCGCCGCGCCCGAGCCUGCAUUCCUCAGAAGCGCCCGGAGCCCGCGGGGCGACGUCACCCCCGGCUCCGCCCCCGUCCCUCCCCGAGCAAAGUAACUCUUGACUAACAGGAGCAGCCUCUGCCGAGCAUGGAGAGCAGCCGCCGCGGCCGGCCGGCGACGCGGGCGACGCUGGCGCCCCAGAGGUAGUUUGGCUCCCGCCGAGCAGGAAAAAGUGCGGGCGCGCGGCUGUCCACUCCCGGCGCUCACCCCGCCAGGCCCGGCCGGCCCCUCAGCGGUGGGUUUCGCUGCGAGCCUCCGGGCAGCUCUUUGCAGAGCGGCUUGAAACUUCUCCCAAAGUCGACAUGGAUACGGCGGCGGCGGCGCUGCCCGCUUUUGUGGCGCUCUUGCUUCUUUCCCCGUGGCCGCUCCUGGGGUCGGCCCAAGGCCAGUUCUCCGCAGGUGGCUGUACUUUUGAUGAUGGUCCUGGAGCUUGUGAUUACCACCAGGAUUUAUAUGAUGACUUUGAAUGGGUACAUGUUAGUGCUCAAGAACCUCAUUAUCUGCCACCAGAGAUGCCUCAAGGUUCCUAUAUGAUAGUGGACUCUUCAGAUCAUGACCCUGGAGAAAAAGCCAGACUUCAGCUGCCUACAAUGAAGGAGAACGACACUCAUUGUAUUGACUUCAGUUACCUGUUAUACAGCCAGAAAGGGCUGAAUCCUGGCACUUUGAACAUAUUGGUUAGGGUGAAUAAAGGACCUCUUGCCAAUCCAAUUUGGAAUGUGACUGGAUUCACGGGUAGAGACUGGCUUCGGGCUGAGCUAGCAGUGAGCACCUUUUGGCCCAAUGAAUAUCAGGUAAUAUUUGAAGCUGAAGUCUCAGGAGGGAGAAGUGGUUAUAUUGCCAUUGAUGACAUCCAAGUCCUGAGUUAUCCUUGUGAUAAAUCUCCUCAUUUCCUCCGUCUGGGGGACGUAGAGGUCAAUGCAGGGCAGAAUGCUACUUUUCAGUGUAUUGCUACAGGGAGAGAUGCUGUGCAUAACAAGUUAUGGCUGCAGAGACGAAAUGGUGAAGAUAUACCUGUGGCUCAGACUAAGAACAUCAAUCACAGAAGAUUUGCAGCUUCCUUUAGGUUGCAAGAAGUGACAAAAACUGAUCAGGAUUUGUAUCGCUGUGUAACUCAGUCAGAACGAGGUUCUGGUGUGUCCAAUUUUGCUCAACUUAUUGUAAGAGAACCACCGAGACCCAUUGCUCCUCCUCAGCUACUAGGCGUUGGGCCUACAUACUUGCUGAUUCAGCUAAAUGCCAAUUCCAUCAUUGGCGAUGGUCCUAUUAUUCUGAAAGAAGUGGAGUACCGAAUGACAUCAGGGUCCUGGACAGAAACCCAUGCAGUCAAUGCGCCAACUUAUAAAUUAUGGCAUUUGGAUCCAGAUACUGAAUAUGAGAUCCGUGUUCUACUUACAAGACCAGGUGAAGGUGGAACAGGGCUUCCAGGACCUCCAUUAAUCACCAGAACCAAAUGUGCAGAACCUAUGCGAACCCCAAAGACUUUAAAGAUUGCUGAAAUACAGGCAAGACGCAUUGCUGUGGACUGGGAAUCCUUGGGUUACAACAUCACUCGAUGCCACACUUUUAAUGUCACUAUCUGCUACCAUUACUUCCGUGGUCACAAUGAGAGCAAGGCAGACUGUUUGGACAUGGACCCCAAAGCCCCUCAGCAUGUUGUGAACCAUCUGCCACCUUAUACAAAUGUCAGCCUCAAGAUGAUCUUAACCAAUCCAGAAGGCAGGAAGGAGAGUGAAGAAACGAUUAUUCAAACUGAUGAAGAUGUGCCUGGCCCUGUACCAGUCAAUUCUCUUCAAGGAACCUCUUUUGAAAAUAAGAUUUUCUUGAACUGGAAAGAACCUUUGGAUCCAAAUGGAAUCAUCACUCAAUACGAGGUCAGUUACAGCAGCAUAAGAUCAUUUGAUCCUGCAGUUCCUGUGGCUGGACCUCCCCAGACUGUAUCCAAUUUAUGGAACAGUACACACCAUGUCUUCAUGCAUCUCCAUCCUGGAACCACCUACCAGUUUUUCAUAAGAGCCAGCACUGUCAAAGGUUUUGGGCCAGCCACAGCCAUCAAUGUGACCACCAAUAUCUCAGCUCCAACUUUACCUGACUACGAAGGAGUUGAUGCCUCUCUCAAUGAAACUGCCACCACGAUAACAGUCUUGUUGAGGCCAGCACAGGCGAAAGGUGCACCUAUCAGUGCCUAUCAGAUUGUUGUGGAGGAAUUGCAUCCCCACCGAACCAAGAGAGAAACCGGAGCCAUGGAAUGCUACCAGGUCCCUGUCACGUACCAAAAUGCCAUGAGUGGGGGGGCACCAUACUACUUUGCUGCCGAACUGCCCCCAGGGAAUCUUCCAGAACCUGCCCCAUUCACCGUGGGCGAUAACAGAACCUAUCAGGGCUUUUGGAACCCCCCUUUGGCGCCACGCAAAGGAUACAACAUCUAUUUCCAAGCCAUGAGUAGUGUGGAGAAGGAAACUAAAACCCAGUGUGUACGAAUUGCUACCAAAGCAGCAGCAACAGAAGAACCAGAAGUGAUUCCAGACCCAGCCAAGCAGACUGACAGAGUGGUGAAAAUUGCAGGAAUUAGUGCUGGGAUUUUGGUGUUCAUCCUCCUCCUCCUAGUAGUCAUAUUAAUUGUAAAAAAGAGGAGGAGCUACUAUUCUUACUCCUACUACCUCAAGCUUGCUAAGAAACGCAAAGAUGCAAUGGGGAACACCCGGCAGGAAAUGACACACAUGGUAAAUGCUAUGGAUCGAAGUUAUGCUGAUCAGAGCACUCUGCAUGCGGAAGACCCUCUUUCCAUCACCUUCAUGGACCAACAUAAUUUUAGUCCAAGAUUGCCCAGUGAUCCACUUGUGCCGACCGCUGUGUUAGUCCCUAUUACUGAUGAGAACCACAGUGCUACAGCAGAAUCCAGUCGUCUUCUUGAUGUACCUCGCUACCUGUGUGAGGGGACAGAAUCCCCUUACCAGACGGGACAGCUGCACCCAGCCAUCAGGGUAGCCGACUUACUGCAACACAUUAAUCUCAUGAAGACAUCAGACAGCUAUGGGUUCAAAGAGGAAUAUGAGAGCUUCUUUGAAGGACAGUCAGCAUCUUGGGAUGUAGCUAAAAAAGAUCAAAAUAGAGCAAAAAACAGAUACGGAAACAUUAUAGCAUAUGAUCACUCCAGAGUAAUUUUGCAACCUGUUGAGGAUGAUCCUUCUUCAGAUUACAUUAAUGCCAACUAUAUAGAUAUUUGGCUGUACAGGGAUGGCUACCAGAGACCAAGCCACUACAUUGCAACUCAAGGCCCAGUUCAUGAAACAGUGUAUGAUUUCUGGAGAAUGAUCUGGCAAGAGCAGUCUGCCUGCAUUGUGAUGGUCACAAAUUUAGUUGAAGUUGGCCGGGUUAAAUGCUAUAAGUAUUGGCCUGAUGAUACCGAAGUUUAUGGUGACUUCAAAGUAACUUGUGUAGAAAUGGAACCACUUGCCGAAUAUGUAGUUAGGACAUUCACCCUGGAAAGGAGGGGAUACAAUGAAAUCCGUGAAGUUAAACAGUUCCAUUUCACUGGCUGGCCUGACCAUGGGGUGCCCUACCAUGCUACAGGCCUCCUUUCCUUCAUCCGGCGGGUCAAAUUCUCCAACCCUCCCAGUGCUGGUCCCAUCGUUGUGCAUUGCAGUGCUGGUGCUGGACGAACUGGUUGUUACAUUGUGAUUGACAUCAUGCUGGACAUGGCUGAAAGAGAGGGUGUUGUUGACAUCUACAACUGUGUCAAAGCCUUAAGAUCUCGUCGUAUCAAUAUGGUCCAGACAGAGGAACAGUACAUUUUUAUUCAUGAUGCCAUUUUAGAGGCUUGCUUAUGUGGAGAAACUGCCAUACCUGUCUGUGAAUUUAAAGCUGCAUAUUUUGAUAUGAUUAGAAUAGACUCCCAGACAAACUCUUCACAUCUCAAAGAUGAAUUCCAGACCUUGAAUUCAGUCACCCCUCGACUACAAGCUGAGGACUGCAGUAUAGCAUGCCUGCCAAGGAACCAUGACAAGAACCGUUUUAUGGACAUGCUGCCACCUGACAGAUGUCUGCCUUUUUUAAUUACAAUUGAUGGGGAGAGUAGUAACUACAUCAAUGCUGCUCUUAUGGAUAGCUACCGACAACCAGCUGCUUUCAUUGUCACACAAUACCCUCUGCCAAACACUGUGAAAGAUUUCUGGAGAUUAGUGUAUGAUUAUGGCUGUACCUCCAUUGUGAUGUUAAAUGAAGUCGACUUGUCCCAGGGCUGCCCUCAGUACUGGCCUGAAGAAGGGACGCUACGAUAUGGUCCUAUCCAAGUGGAAUGUAUGUCUUGUUCAAUGGAUUGUGAUGUAAUCAACCGGAUUUUUAGGAUAUGCAAUCUAACAAGACCACAAGAAGGUUAUCUGAUGGUGCAGCAGUUUCAAUAUCUAGGCUGGGCUUCCCAUCGAGAAGUGCCUGGCUCCAAACGGUCAUUUUUGAAGCUGAUACUGCAGGUGGAAAAAUGGCAGGAGGAAUGUGAGGAAGGGGAGGGCCGGACGAUCAUCCACUGCCUAAAUGGUGGCGGGCGAAGUGGCAUGUUCUGUGCUAUAGGCAUUGUUGUUGAAAUGGUGAAACGGCAAAAUGUUGUUGAUGUGUUCCAUGCAGUCAAGACACUAAGGAACAGCAAGCCAAACAUGGUGGAAGCCCCGGAGCAGUACCGUUUCUGCUAUGAUGUGGCUUUGGAGUACCUGGAGUCAUCUUAGUUGGGGGAGACUUCAGAGUGCAUCCCAACAGAACUCAUUCAUCUGUUGAGCCAGCAGCUGUUGUACCUGUCACACCUGUGCAGAAAGAUUUUAAUGUGGGUGGGGGGGAGACUUUUACAUUUGAGAGGUAAAAGUAUUUUUCUUAUGAAGUAGUGUAUCUUAAUAAAAAGGACUCAAUUAGUUUCUAUUACUGUAUGAGAGCAUCAACAUUUCAUGCCACAUAAAUUAUAUUUAAUAAGCAGCAGAUUCACAUGAAAACUUAUCAGUGUUUGUACAGUGAAUAGGCAGCGUUUUCUCUCCUGGUUUUGGUACAGCAGCCACCACGUGUUGCAUGAAUUAAAACUUUCUUUGUGGCAUUUUUUUCCCUUUUUCAGAUAAAAGAUGUUAAAACUUUCAAGGAAGAAGAAAGAAAAGCUGUGCAAAUUCAUAGGAAAGUUCAUUUUUUGUAUGUUUCAAGUGUAGCAGAUCUCUAUAUAAAUAUAUAAAUAUAUAUAACUGGCUUAUUUUCUUUUAAUGUGCAAUGAUGAAUGGAUCAUUUAAAGUUCUUUCUAAAAAAAAAAAAACACAAAAAACCAUAAGCCAAAGACUCAAGUGUAAAUAUGUCUAUAUGGAGAAAGCACAUUAUAUUUAUUGGUUACUUACAUUCCUUUUUGAUGGCUAAAAUACUACCACCACACAAUCUUUUUUUCUUUUUUUUGAGGAAAGGUUUUUCUUUCACUAAAAUCAAUUGUAAACAAUUUUUGUAGAUUAUUUUUUGUAAGUUUAGUGUAAGUAGAGGAUAAACUUUUUAAUUCAUAAAUCAGGAAGCAAUGUUCUUUAAAGUGAUUCUCUUGUGUACAAUGCUUGUGAAUUAAAUUUAUGUGAAACACCUUGGCAAUUGGGUCUUUUAAUGUAGGACCAAAUUAAAACAUUUUGCUGAAAAUAUAUAAUUUUCCAUGAUUUCCUUAGGUCAGUAUGGUUUGGUAAUCAUUAUGAGAACUGCACACAUUCAAAGGCCUUGCUGAUGACUUGUGUAAUGUUGAACAUAACCUUUAAGCGUCAUUUAAAUUUUAAAGGGAUUGGUCUUUUUAGCCUAUGACCAAGCACUGGUCAAAAAAUCAAAACUGCAACAUUUAUGCUUCUACAGUCAAGUGUUAGCAAACUGUAAACUGUCAAGGUGAUCCAGUGUUUCUUUUGAUGUUUACAUGCACAAGCUUUGAGUUCUGAGCAAAGUGUGAACGAAUUGAUGCCAGAUUCCUAUUUUGUGCAUCAUCAUGGGAUUCUCAAGUGAACCUUUUUAAAUGUGAUCUUGUACACAUGCUCCAUGUAGCUGUAAUUUCACAUCAUCAGCUUGCAGUUUGUUAUUGACUAAAGCAUUCCAGUAUCCUCUUUUUAGAUUGCCAGUUCAUGACAUGGUGCUUAUGAAGAUUUAAUUAAAGUAAGAGUGAAAUAAAACUUUCAUAAUUACAGCA